AUGUCUUCUUCUGAUAUUCUUGAUGUUCUAAACAUCAAACCAAAAUCAUCAUCUCCAGACACUGGCGUUCAAGGUGGUAGCCAGGUGUCAGUAUCAGCGCAAGGGAAGUCAUCGGUUAAUAAACCGCAGGUGACAGGAAUACAGCGUGAGUUAUAUAACUUAUUAGGUGACAAUUCACCAGCUGUUCCUAUAAAGCAAAAUAAUAAAUUCAAGGACUUGUUGAAUUCUACUGCAAAACCAUCACCAUGGUCUUAUGUUGAGUUCGAGGCAAAUAAACAUGUACAUAUACGUCACUGGGUCAAAGGUUCCAAAGAACUAGUCGGAAAUUCUGUAGAGCCCAGUUCAUUCGCUAAAUUUGAUGAACAUUUGAGUAUACCAUCAUUUACUGAAGCAGAAUAUGCAGAAUUCAUGAAAGGUCAUAAUGAUGGCAAUCUUGAAUGGGCUUACGACGAGAUAAAGUACCUAUUUGACCUUUGCAGGAGAUAUGACCUAAAAUGGUUUGUUAUUGCAGAUAGGUUCAGCUUUAAUAACAAUGAUAGGAAGGUAGACGACCUAAAGGAAAUGUUCUAUACAGUAUUCCAACGCUAUUUGUUACAUAGGGAUCCUGAGAAUCCACUUAUCCCGCAAAUGAACUUUCCUAAAGAGAAAGAAUUGGAGAGAAAAAAGUAUCUCGAAAGGCUUUUGAAGAGAACUGCCGCUGAGAUUGCUGAAGAAGAAGCGUUGAUUAUCGAGUCGAGGAAAUUUGAAAUGGCCGCAAAGAAAACCCUUCAAGAGCGUGAAGCAGUAUUACAACUUCUCGAUCACCCUCAUUCAGAUAAACCUAUUUCGCAAUUUCUUACAUCACAGGGUAUGUCUCAAUUAUAUGCCAAUCUAUUGAACGAUAAGAAUAGAAAACGGAAACCAGAUUCCACAACUCCGGAGAAUCCUUGGAUGAAGCAGCAACAACAAUUUGCACAGCAGAGGCAGCAAAUACAACAUCAACAACAGGCAAAACUGUCACAGGAACAAUUACAGCAGCAGCAAUUACAGCAGCAAUUACAACAACAAUUACAACAACAAAUGCAGCAGGAAAAUCAACAGAGGCACAAUGCACAGCAAAAACAAUCAAAGGAAAGCAGUAGCACUCCUAGUACAAAACAAAGUGUUGAGCUCAAAACGGAAGGAGGACAAAGACUUAAUAAAAAGCAAAAAAUUGAGCUACAAAAUGCUCUUAGAAGGAAGCAAGAUAGUGAAUAUGCAGAACAUUUACUUGAAAGAUUUACACUUGAGGAGCGUAAAAAUCUUGGUGUUAUAGCACAUGGUGAAAAGCUUGCACCAGGUGUGUUCCUCAGAUCAUCUAAAAUUCCUACCUACAAACCAGCUAUUCAAAACAAACUUGUGUCUACUUUACAGGAGCUAGGACUCCCCAUAAGGCCAGCCAUGCCUUCUCUCCCUGUGGUACAAGAACAUGAAAAACUACUAAAGAGGAUUGUGACUCUACUUGAGUUGAAGAAGCAAAUGGAUAAAUUAACCGCAGAAAAGCAGACAAUAAAACCAUAG